CGGGCACUGCGCCGCGCCGGCGGCUCGGGGGUCGCCGCUCUCCCGCUGAAGUGAAGGUGAAGGGGGGCGCGGAGGGCUCUCCUCGCCAUGGCCUUCACCUUCGCCGCCUUCUGCUACAUGCUGUCGCUGGUGCUCUGCGCCGCCCUCAUCUUCUUCGCCAUCUGGCAUAUAAUUGCCUUUGAUGAACUUCGGACAGACUUCAAGAGCCCAGUCGAUCAGUGCAACCCAGCCCACGCAAGAGAGCGGCUGAGAAAUAUUGAGCGGAUUUGCUUCCUCCUGCGAAAGCUGGUCUUGCCAGAGUACUCUAUCCACAGUCUUUUCUGCAUAAUGUUUUUAUGUGCUCAGGAGUGGCUCACGCUGGGGUUAAAUGUUCCUUUGCUUUUUUAUCACUUCUGGAGGUAUUUUCGUUGCCCAGCAGAUAGUUCAGAGCUAGCCUAUGAUCCACCUGCAGUCAUGAAUGCAGAUACCUUGAGUUACUGCCAAAAAGAGGCCUGGUGUAAGCUGGCUUUCUAUCUCCUUUCCUUCUUCUACUAUCUCUACUGCAUGAUCUACACUCUGGUGAGCUCUUAACUGAAAGAUCAUCGUUAAAGACUGAAAACAACAAAGGCUGGAACUGCAAGGACAAGUGAACCAAGUGAUGCAUGAUUAAAAAAGCAACGAGGAAAACUUUGAACCCAAGCAGUAAAUAGAGUAUGUGAAAGAAAGAUCCAGUGACAAGAAGCAGAUGACCAUGGGAGAAUGGCUGAGUUAGUUGUUUUUGUCUCCUGUUUCUCAAUGUAGUGCAGUAAAUGACUUUCAAAACCCAAGCAAACAAAAAAAAAUGCAACACGGGCUAAGUUAUACAACUAUUCACCUGUCCAGGGCUAAUGCUGCUUGGUUUAGUGGAUUCAUUAUAAACUAGAGUCCCUGCCGUCUUCCAAGGAGCAAAGUUUCUUUUCUUAAAGACUAUUCUGGCCUGAGAAAGCAAAGGAUAAGAUAAUCUUACACAGAAAGAAGACCCAUACAACACAUUCUGAAAAUGGGCACUGAGUCGACAUCAGAUAAGAUAUAUGACUGUCCUGAAGGGAUAUUCACGUGAUACUAAGCAAACAAGGAUGUCAAAUCUCAUGGAACUCUUUCAGUGGCUUUGUUUGGGUUUUUUUUCCACCAAAAUGACAAUGACAAAAGAAUUUGCAGCUGCAAUAUUCUGUUUUCUGAUUAUAUGCUAUUCCUGCUGGUGAACACCCAGUAUGUUUCUGUACUUCAGUUGUGAUACACCAAUAACAUACAGUGAUGUGUAUAAAUACAAUGGGUUUGACCUGAUCGUGCCAAGCACUUAUCAGAAUAGUGUUCCUCUGACUGCAAAGAAAAUCCAAGGUAAAAGCUGCAUAUAUUAUAGAGGGUUGUAAAACAGGUGUUAUAUUCAUCACAGCGCUGGAUAACAAAUACUGGACCAGCUAAUCGUGGUCUGUAAUUCUGUUUUGCAGCUUUAUUUCUGCUGUAAAAUUUAAGCCGUAACAAAUACACAAGAUGUUUUUGUCCUGUAUGACAUUCGUAUUGAAAGUUGUCCAUUUUUUUAUAAUUUAAAAGUUUUUAAAUUUUAUCAUAUAAGUCUCAUUUAAAUUCAUAUGUAUGGGCUGUAUGUCUUUAUAUGUAUAUACAAAUACACAUCUACAUAAAUACUCACAGUCUAUUUACGUUUUAGGUUAAUCUGUCAAGAUCAAAGGCGCCAAGUGUCCAGAACUGCUGCUAAAUGUAUUUCAGCACUGAACCUAGUGAACCUGGGCUUGUUCCCUCAACGUCCCUGGUGCUCUGGGUAGUAGGCAAGCCUGUAAGUUCAAGACUAACACCAGUGCCUGCGCAGACAGUGCUUGGAUCUUGCACUGUGAAUGAGCUGACAGUUGGGUAUGUUGCUAACAGAGAUGUGGCAGAGAACAGCGCAGAGAGGCCCAUCUGUACCCCAGCUUGUUUACAGCUGGUCUCCUUAGCACUAGCUCGCUGCUGACUCAGCCAAAUUUUGACUGGCUACUGAGAGACUGUUUCUGUAUCCAGACUCUUGAGAUCUUUCUUGUCUGGGCACAGGACUUGAGCAGGAGAGAUGCAGUCUCACGUUCAGCACUGCCUCUGUGCUACCAUACCCUGUUUCAGAGCAUGGUGCAGAAGCCAUGGCUGUGUGAGUCAUCCCAUGUCUGGCAGGUUCCAGACUGAGCUGGAGUUACUGUUAUGUGUACAGUGCCAAGACUCUUUCUGCUUUGAUCUGGCUGUGUUAACAAAAUUAAAUCCUGUUAGCCUGCAAAGCACAGUGUCUGCAUGCAAACUGUCUGCUCCUGGCCCACGCCAGCUCUGGAAUCACACCUGGACAUUGCUUGGAAGAGUGCUAGCUGGCCUGAGCCAGCAUUAUACCGGGCUCAUUCUAACAAUAUUUAGAUGAUGAAGUUGUCCCAAGGGCUGACAUUCUUUCUUUAAUUCACAACUACAGACACAGCCAGUAGGUCUUUCUGGAUGUAGUUUGCCUUCGUAUAAGUAUGUUCCCAGUUCUGAAAGGAUACAACAAGGCUGACAAAUCAGGUUACUUGGAAAGCUAAUUUGGGCUCUUAUAGUUCAUAAGUUUGGAUUGCAGAUGCUACAGAGGUGGCUAAAUUGCCCUUGAAAUCACACUGACCCUGCAAGCAAUACAGAUGUGUUUGCUUGGAGUGAGCCCGAGCUAUGACACUUCAUUACAGAGCUAACUCAUAAAGCUCUGCUGCUGUGGUAUAAUUAGUGCACAACUCAUAAAAAGUUGAUGACUGUAACUGAAUUUCUUCUCUACAACCUAACUAAUGCAUCUUUUUCUACAGAAGUAUAGGAACUAGAUUCUCGAGAACAAAUCACAGUGGAUAACUUCUAGAUAUCUUACUACCUCAUAAAACUCUCAGCUCUGAGCAGGUGACUGAAUCUUUCCAUGUGUCUUCUAGGAAGUAUAGGAGAUGGGAAAAACUUAAUUCAGGUUUCCUAUAUUCCAGAUACGUGCUUUAAAGUCAGUUUCAUUUAAAAGCUUGCUCUGUGUUUUACCCAGGGGUUGCAGUAUCUUGCUGGGAACUCACAUAUAGUGAAUGUUCUUAAGACCAGAUUUGUCAUUUUCUCUGUUAAACUUUUCAGCCAUGUUAAAAGAGAAGAAGCACAAAUAGGGGAAGGAAGAACGAAGGAUAAAAGAUAACUGUUGCUCUCUUAAUCCCUCACCAUGUAUGUGACUAAUUACAAGCUAAGCCUACUUCACUCAGAGGGUGGUUGGGCACUAGAACAGGCUCCCCAGGGAAGUGGUCACAGCACUGAGCCUGACAGAGCUCAAGAAGCACUUAGACAACAUUCUCAGGCACACAGUGUGAUUGUUGGAGCUGUCCUGCACAGGGCCAGGAGCUGGACUUUGAUGACCCUUGUGAGUUCCUUCCAACUCAAGAUAUUCUAUGAUUCUAUUUUAAUCAAACCAAGGGAAGUAAACUGCAUAGUUGUUGCUAAAGAACAGAAAAAAAUUAUGUGAUCUUUGCUCACAAGGAGGUCUCUUCCCCUUGUCACACUUUUAAGGGAGAAAUAGUGCAUGCUACCCCUUUUUGUCUCCAGUUCCAUCUUUUUGAUUGGUGAAGGCUGCAGAUUUCCUCCCCAAGCCUGCUUCAUUCCUGUCUCUUUUCCUGAAAGGGUAACUGCAUUACUUAGGCCUAGCAGUCCUCUUCUCUUCUCUAACACAUUGUGGUGAUACAGAUAGAUCCCAGAAAAGACAUAAGAAAACACGUCAUCUCCCUUUGCUCCUUCAAGCAAGUGUGCAGUGAGCACAUGCUUAAGCAAGUAUUCAUUUUCCUCAUUUGUACCAUCUGUGAUGUGAGAAAGGUGAACCUAGCUUCUGAAAUCUUUCCAUAUUUGUAUUACUCUUUUCUUUUUUUUUUUCCCUCCCGUAACUGUUGAAUCUGCUUAAAGGAAAAAGGUGGGACAUGAAAAAAAAACAAAAAAGUGGGAGAGGAUGAGACCAGAAUGAGCUGCUUACCCAAGGGGUAGCUACACAAUGUGCUGGCCUGUAGCUGCCUGUUGCUGGAAGGGAUGAAAUGGCAGCCCUGUUGGCAAGGUGUUGCUCUGAGGUUCUGCUCGUCCUAUUUAUAGUCAGGUAAUUGCAGUGAUGCUGAAUCAAAUUGUUGCUGCUAUGACUGUUUCAGUUUCAAAUCCAGCAAAUCAGUGCUGAUAGCAGAAUGCUUCGCCUACAAAUAAUUAACUAUACUUAAGCUGUCAGAAAUGUUUUUCCAUCUGCUUCCUUGAGCCAUACUCUUCCUUUUGCACGGAGCCACUGGAAGUGGAAGAAAAAGUUCUUCAACCUACACCUUCUUACAGAAACUAUUCAGAGGUUAUUAUGAUCUGGCACUGCUGCUGGGGUCAUGAUUACUCAUACAUUAUUAAUAGGGGUAUUAGCAAUCUGUUGCUUUUCCUUUCUCCAUUCCAUCUCCACACAGAUAUUUUUGCUAAAAAAAUAAAAAAUAUACAGGGCAUCAUCCAAAACCCUUGAAUGUAAAGAGUAUUUUCUUUUGCUUCCAAUUGACUUCAUUUAACAUCCAUUACUCUAGAACUGCAUGGGAAACAGGGUCACACUGGAAAGUCUCUAGAGUUUUGCUAGUAGGAAUCCCAUCCUUUAAAUCUUGAUAUCACAUCCAUUUAACUGAAUUAUGUUGAUGGAAGAGGAACCUCCAUUUUUGAGGAAUAAGGGUAACAUUUCAAUGUUCAUGCCAGACUGUCACAGGAAGUUAUGUCAACCUGGUAAAAAUCUGGCUUCAUGGAAGUUUAUGGAAAUCCUACCUCUUUAUUUCAUAUGAGCCCUACUUACCAUUGUACAAUUUCUACCAAGAGGUCAAUGGAAAUUUAAAAAAAAAAAAAAAGGAAAACCCCAAAACACAAUAAGUUUAGUUAUUCAAAAAUCUUACUGGAUGUUAUCUAAAGUUUGGGAUGCUACAAAUAGAACAGGAGAUGAAAAAGUCAAGGCGAGAGGUGUUUUUUUAUUCUUUGGGAAACAACAAAUAUUAGAGUACCAUCCAUGCUGCACUGAACUUUACAUUGGUGAUCUCAGUCCGUAUUCCUGAUCUGGUGAGUUUUUUGAUCAUUCAUGGCUCGUGAACACAUUGUUCUGAUUUAUUUUUGUUCUGCUCAGUAAUGCAGCUGUAGGUGGGAAGGAGGGAAAAUUCUCCUCUGAAAUACAAUAUUCCCCUUCUUUCCUCCCAGAUAACCUGUGAACGUGCAGUAACAAAAUCUGAUGAUGUGUUUCGAAGGUGCACCUCAAUCGAAGAAUGAAGCUGUUUGCUGCAGGUGAUGUUAUGUUGCAAUUUAACAAACCGUGGUUCUAAACAUAUUUUUAGGUGCUUACACACUUAAAGUAGUUAUUUUAUUGCCUCUGAUUGCUGGCCAAAUUCUCAUGUAAGAGAAAAUAUGUUUCUGUGGCCUGAUUCCAUGACUUUCUUUGUAGUCAAACUCUUGGUAAAACUCGGAGGAACGUGAAGUGCUUUUUAAUUAUUUUUUUUCCAAGAAUAACAUCCCAUAUUUGGGUGAUAUGUUAUGGAAGUUGAGAGAAGCAUUAAAAAGCCAAAAUAUCUUACUUAGUCUAAAUUUUGAAGAGACGUUCCUCCUUUUCUCCCAUGAGUUAUUCCUAGUAUUACUGGUCUCUAGACAGAUCUGAAGAAAUCUGCCUGUCCCACUGUUUUUUCUGACGGUUUCAGUCUUUUUAAAUAGAUUUGUCACUGCUGAUCAUUAGCAUGAAACACUGUCUGGAAAGAGCAGCUCCUACAGACCACCCCAAGAUUUACACAAACGUCUUAAAUAUCACGGAAGUAAUCCAGUCUUAUGGAAUAGCUCUCACCUCUACAUAGUAGUAUAAAGUAACAAUCAAAUAAUAUACAUAAUACAUAGCACAAGUCAAAUAGUACAAGCAAAGCAGGCUUUCUGUCUGUAUUUCUGUCUGUGUUCUCUCUAUAAUACUUUUUUUUUGGUAAUACAGUAUUUUGCUUGUUGUAAAAAGCAAUAUAAUUUACAAGACCAAAGAUAAUCAGGCUGCUGCAGUUAACAGGAAUGCAAAGUUUGAGCGUAGUUAUUUCUAAAGAUUUAAAAUAAUUACUGUUUCUGACAGUUAUUGACAGCUUGCAGUUACUGGAGGUGCAAAUUCUGGUGUUAAUACUAGCUUUAGCAACAUAUACAUUUUCUUCUUUUGGCAUAAGAAUCCAUGUUCCUUUCUAGAACAUAUUUAACACAUUUUCAGACCUUAUAUGACUCUCAGUAUAUAGAAACUUUAAAUGUAUUACAAAAAAUCCAGAUAAAAUGCAAAUACAAAAUACAGCAAACAUGGCAGAUUAUUUAGCAAAUUUCUAGACAUUCAAAGGAAAUUUCUAGGUUUGAUGUCAUUUAUUGUGGGUCUCUGGACUGUCAAAGCCUACCUGAAUGCUGCCAUUAUCAACAACAGUUCAGUGAGGAGAUGCACGCUCAGUUAUAUCUUCCCAGCUGCCCAGAAACAUCUCAUCAUGUAGCCACCUUUCCUGCAGAGCAGAUGACAUCCACUUUGUCACUUUGAAUCCGUUGCCCUUUUAGAAGUUAAGAACAUCACAGUGCAAAACUGUUCUUAGCCAUUUGCAGCCAAUGUUGUUGAGCUACCUUGCCCUUACAGGCGUGUACAAUACCAUCAAGCAAGAGCAGUUUUCACUGACCUCUUCUUGAGCUUCAACUUGUACUGUUUUAGAGUGUUGUUUUGUUGUGUUUUGGUUUUUUUAAUUUUGUGUCUGAAAGGAAGAGUUCUUUUCUAUGCGUGAUGACCAGCAUUGCUACAUUGGUUUUGGAAGCUUCAAGAUCCCUUCGGUUUGGUGCGUUUCAGUAAAUAUGGAAGCAUCCUAAAUCCAUGUCUUUGAAAUGUGUUUCUCCUCAGGUCUGAUUUUCAGUAUUCCUGCUCUUCCAGUGCUGAGUAGUUGCCCAGCCAGAAAGAGCUAUAUAAAUGAAUUAUAAAGUUGUAUAAAAUAACUCAGGGAGGAGGGCUCUUACCUAUCCUUUCUUAUAACAUAAAAACAAUGGGAGCACCAAAAGAAAAUGUGAGGCACAGAUGUGAAAUAUGAAAAGAAAGAUAAAAAUGUUAAUCAGUGAACACAUUGUCACAACCGAUACAAGUAUCAGGACACCCAGUAUUCAGUAUUGUUCCAUUUGAAUCUGUACCCUUACAUAGAUAACAAACAUUUCCGUAGCUACAUUUGAAAGAAUAAAACUACAGAAGAGUUAGAAACCCAAAACUUUCAGGACAGGAGCCAUCCAAUUGCCGACUGUUUUGAGUUCAGCAGAUUAUUUACCCUAUGACCUAGUACAAAGUAUUUUCCACCUUGUUCUGAAAUGUCUACAGGUGGCUGCUAUCAGUGAUAGCAGCUGAAGCCAGAUGGGCCAUUGCUGUGUUCGUUCAAGGACUCAAAUUCUGUUCUUGAAUGACCAUAGAACAUCUACAGAAUUGGAAGCUGUGUUUCAAAUUAUUAACUUCUCUACGCCGAUAAAAAUUUCAAAAUCUCCUAAAUGACAUUGGAGUAUAAGUGUAAUUUUCACAAAUAUUUGUUUAUUUACUUAGAACCCUAAAAACCUCAUGAAAGUGAGAUGCCCACGUACCAAGAGUUCAGUACUCAGGAGAGAGCAGUAAGAAUUUGACCCAUGGUAGCUAUUCCUCACCAGGUCCUUGUGUUUGCUCUCUACAACCUUGUAAAGCAAAGUCUGCAGUUUCACAGGUAGUUUGCAUCUGGAAGUGCUCACAGAGGAAGUUGGUGCAGAACAGCUAAUGUAUUCUUUGGUUCCUCUGUUGCUCUUUUAGAUUCACAUUCCUGGCAGAUGAACCCUUAGACUCCUGAAUUCCUUAGGCACUUUAAAGUGUUAUUUGAGUACAGUCUGCUCACUUCUGUUAACUGCAGGGUACAUACUCUAACCAGCUAACCAGAAAGGAUAUAAAAGUAAGGCAAAACCAGAUAAUCCUUUUUUAAGAAAUUAAGUUCUCAUCAUUAUGUUAUGAGAACUGAGAAAAUGAGAGUUCAGCUCUUGCCUGUUACACACCCUUCCUUUGUCACAUUGGGCAGGCACUUAAUCUCUCAGCUCACAAUCUCCUAACUGGAGGUGAUAGCACUUUCUUCUCCCUCAUUUUGUCUGUCUUAGUUUAAAUUGUGAGCUCUUGUGAGAUGGAGCCAUUUCUUUCUCUGAGUAAUGCCUGGUACUGCGUAGCUGAAAUUGGGAAUUACAUGUCUAGAUGGUAUUAUAAUCUAAAUAAUUAAUACUUGGAGGAAAUCACGGGAGGAAACAACAGAAUUCGGUGGAAUUAGUCAAAAGGUAUUUUUUCCACUGCUGCCAAGAUUGGUUCCUGACCUGCUCUGUUGCUGUGCCCUAGGGCCUACUGACAAUCUGAAGUGUGCUUUAGCCUCUGAGUGCAUGUAAUGCUGUAAUUUGAUGCUGCUGAAAAGCACUAAAAUAUAAAGAAUAAAGUGAUCCAAACAGCUCCCCA